GCUACUUCCUCUCUGCCGCUCAUUCACAGCGCAUAUAGCGAUAGCCAAGUCCUCGACGUUCCUCUCUGAUCGACCAUCAUAGCGUAAGACGAUUGCAUGCGCAACGGAGUUGAUACUCUUGAGUUGAGCUCAAAAGAAACCAUCCAACAUCCCAGCCAUCAGUCCGCCGUUUCGGACACCAGUAAGAAAUCAAAUUCUUUCUCCUUACUUAUACUCAUCUUCGAUUGUGGUUCCGGACUGUCGGUGUUAAUUUGAGCAGCAACUCACCAUUCAGUCGUUACCUGGCGGUCGUACUGGUAGGACGCGUAGGAUCUUCACUUCAAGUCUGAAGCUGUAGCAAAGGAUACCCUACUCGUUGAAGAGAAUACCUGCAAAUGAACCGAUAGAGAAUAGCAUUUUGUGCAGAAUAAAUUUCUUAGGCGAAAAGAAAACAGGAAUAAGGUGUGUUUGUGCGUUUCGUAGGAAGAUUCAAUCCGCAAGAGAAGAAAUUUAUGCUUUAUGAUUUGACAAAAUCCGAAACGUUUCCGGCUCGACGGUAAAUUGUUCAGUGUUCCAAGACAUAGAAACUGGAGAAAUUAGUCGCUUAAAAGCAUUUCCAUUGUUGGUUUGCUAAUUGAAGUGCUAAUCUUGCUGUUUUCGAGUUUUGACCGGCUAAAACAACUGCUUCGGCGUUUUCUCCGCAGAAAAAGGAAAUUGAAAAGUUGGUGUUAGUGCUGAAUAAUCAAGUUACAGAAUCACAAAAGGCUAAAACAAGAUGGAAUACCGAUGGAUCUAUCUGGUGGCUCAGAUAUUUACGUUACUGCUGUUCUAUAUAGACAUUACACGAGCAACACAGUCCCUUUGGCCAAACUUUCAGACAGAGAAAUGUUCCAGCGGCGGAAGUCUGAAGUACAUCUCCGGUAAUGCUCUGACGGACAGUCCGAACUGCUUGGGACCCAACAAUGCGCCAUACCCAAGCAAUGUGGUAGCACGGACAUUCUCCAACUGGAAUCCCAGCGGAUCGUCCCGGCGGGGGAGAAUGAGCCAGCUGCCCACUUUGGAUCCAAAAGUGAUGCAGCAAACCUUGAUGCAAACCUACAGUGAUGUCAAUGACGUGGCGCAGGAAGACGUCCGAACGCGAUAUAGUCGCUCCGUGGACAAUACUCAGCAGUGUCGUGAUACUCCUUCGCGGUUGUGCAAAACCCGGUACAAUACCACCGCGCCAAUGUACGGAGUUAGUCUCACUUCCGGUCAGCCUGUUACGAUUGUACAGAAAUUUCCAGAUCUCCUGCAGCAGGUUGUGUUUGAAGUGUGCGAAUCAUCCGAAUGCGAUGUUGUCCGGGGUGAAUGCACCCAGACGUAUGUACCCUACCUAUUCCUGGUGAUCCCGUUGGGACCGGUGACGCUGACCGGCCAAGAUUAUGUCCUCGUUGAAAGUGGUUGUGUGUGUAAACCAAAGUAUGCAACGGAGAAACCCCGCGAAUCCGGAGGGAACUUCAUACCCUGAAUGAGCUGAUCCAAGUGACAAAUUGGGAUAACCUACCCAGUAGUACGAUUAGGAACUUAGAGGCAAAUGUAGCACGAGUGUGAAUUGAAGUGAUGUUUUUUACGAUACGGUUUCUUGGAGACCAUAGCAAGUCAAUGAGCAAAAACGGAUUAUCUAUAUGGAAACAUUCAUUGAAUACGUCACGCAAAAAUCCACCUCCAUUGACACGUUUUCAGCGUAAGUUCGAAGUAUAUUGAACUUAGGAUAAGUGUAACAGUUAGAACCAUAGUGAUUUUCUAUUUCGCUCUAAGUGAUCAUAUUGAACCUUUGCAUUAAAAAUAAUUUUGUUUUGUUUUAGUAGUAACAUAUUCAAUUUAUUAUUGGAAUUUAAAUACUUUCAAAAUUUUACAUAUAACAAAAUAGGGAACAACUAUUGUUAUAAUUGGUACAAAUUCCUAUAAUUACAUUUCGAAAUUUUCAUCCUUCAUCCCUGAUGUGUGACACGAUUUAUGGAUGCUUUCCAUUAAUUAAAAAAAAAA